CUUAAUCUCCUAAAAUUAACCGACUUUGAACAUCUCUCCUCACUAUAAAUUCCUAAUCUUUUUUUACUUUUCUCUGAAAGUUAACAAACAUUCAGAUUUUCGCGAUUCCUCUCUGAGUCAAAGCUCUUCGUUCGACGAUCAGAGUUUUGUGAGAAAGCCAUGGCUCGUACGAAGCAAACUGCUAGGAAAUCGACCGGAGGAAAAGCUCCGAGGAAGCAGCUCGCCACCAAGGCGGCGAGGAAAUCCGCGCCGACCACCGGAGGAGUCAAGAAGCCUCACCGUUACCGCCCCGGAACCGUCGCUCUUCGUGAGAUUCGCAAGUACCAGAAGAGCACUGAGUUGUUGAUCCGUAAGCUUCCCUUCCAGCGUCUUGUUCGUGAAAUCGCCCAGGAUUUCAAGACGGAUCUGAGAUUCCAGAGCCACGCAGUGUUAGCUCUUCAGGAAGCUGCUGAGGCAUAUCUGGUGGGUUUGUUCGAAGACACCAAUCUCUGUGCCAUUCACGCCAAGAGGGUCACGAUUAUGCCUAAAGACAUUCAAUUGGCUAGGCGGAUUCGUGGGGAGCGUGCUUAGAAUCCAAAAAUCAUCAUCACUAUUAUUCUAUUAGGGUUUGUGUUAGUGUUUCGAUUUGUCGCUUUUUGCGUUCUGUUUUUGUUUUUUCUGUCUACUUUGAACUACUAUGAUGUUAAAACGCUCUUUGAAGCAUGGACGGAGAUGAAAUGGUUAUUUGAUGAUAAUGACAAAAAAACCAUUAUUUCUAUAAUUCGAAGUGAUUGUGUGUCAAUUGUUGUUCUUGGAUUGUUCUCACAAUUCCCAGGAAAACUGAUUCUAAUUCAUACACAUUGCUCAUCCGUUUAUGAUGAUUAUCAGCUUUAAAAAUCAC